GGAGAAGUUAGCUGCACUCUGUGGGGGGCGGCGCUAUAUCCGCGGGGUUCGUUGCGAUCUGUGCGGAGUGUCCAGUCGUCACCGCGCACCAGCAAUAGAGGAUGGGGAGCAAAUGGCAGCAAAUCAAUUUUCGCGUGGUCACUCCUCUUCUAGCAGUAGCAGUUCAACUGUCCAUCACGGAGCAGGACCACUCGAACCCAAACGCGAUCAUAACAUCACAUCAGGAGAUGCAGCACUUUCAACAUCCACCUCAACAUCGUCC